AGGCAGCCAGGAGGACUUAAUUACAGGCUAGAAAAGCAGAAGCAGCAGGUCCUCCCAAGUCCCAGCAGUCAUCCUGCUUCCUCUCCACCUGGCCCGCUGCUGCACACCACCUGCCUGAAGCCACUGCUGCUCCAGGACCAUGAGGGGCCUCCAUGCAGCUGCUGAACACCUCCUCAGGACCGGGUGGAGAUUCUGGCAGUUGGGGAUCCAAAAGGCAUUUGUCCCACUGCGUGCUGCCUGGGAUGCCUUCUCCCAGCCUGUCCCGGCCAGCUGUGGCCAGUUGCUGACCCACGUCCUCCUGUGCGGGUCCUUGGCUGUCACUGCUGCAGGUCUGGUUCAUCACUGGCUGACAUCUUCACAGCUUUAUCCACUGGAUCUCUCAGCCAUGGUGGCUACGGUCUGUGGCCUCCUGGUCUUCCUGGUCCUGGGCCUGGUGCCCCCAGUCCGCUGCCUGUUUGCACUCAGUGUGCCCACCUUGGGCACAAAGCAGGGCCGCCAGCUGCUCCUGUCCUACAGUACUGCCACCCUAGCCAUUGCUGUGGUGCCAAAUGUCUUGGCCAACGUGCGUGCCACCGGGCAGGUGCUGAGAUGCGUCACCGAGGGCUCCCUGGAGAGUCUGCUCAACACCACCCACUAUCUGCAUACCGCAUCCAGGGCACUGGGCUCCGCAGGCCGAGCAGGCAGCCGGGGCCUGACGCUCCACGUCCAGGGCAAUGGCUCUGCCUUCCGCCUUCACAUGCUCAAGGUCGCUCAGCAAGUCCUGGAGGAUUUCUCUGACCUAGAGUCCCUGGCUCUGACAGUAGCACGGGGUACCCAGCGGGUAGUCACAGGGCUGUUUAUGCUUGGCCUCCUGGUAGAGUCGGCCUGGUACCUCCAUCGCUACCUGACGGACCUGCGGUUUGACAAUAUCUACGUGACACGGAGGCUGGCUCAGCAGCUGGCUCAGGCUCAGGCCACACACCUGACGGACUCUCCACCGGCCUGGCUGCUCCAGGUUGCCCAGCCAAAGCUGUCACAGCAGGAGCUGCUGAGCUGUCUCCUAAGGUUGGGACUGCUUGUCCUGCUCCUGGUGGCCACAGCUGUGACAGUGGCCACUGACCACAUGGCCUUCCUCCUGGCACAGGCAGCUGUGAAGUGGGCUCAGAAGCUGCCCGUUGUGCCCAUCACACUCACGGUCAAGUAUGAUGCAGCAUACACCGUCCUGGGCUUCAUUCCCUUCCUCUUCAACCACCAACCCGCUGAGAGCCCCUUCCUGUCCGAGCACAGAGCCUACUCGUGGGAGCUCCGCCUCACCUCCCGAGACUGCCCCCUGCUGCCCGCCCAGCAUCCACGCACCGCCUCGGCGCUGGCCGCAGGAGCCCUGCAGCUCCUGGCCGGCUCCACCGUGCUCCUGGAAACCUACGCCCGGCGCCUGAGGCAUGCGAUCGCUGCCUCCUUCUUCUCCGCCCAGGAGGCCAGGAGGGUCUGCCACCUUCAUGCCCGGCUCCAGCGAAGACACGACAGGCACCAAGGCCAGCAGCUGGCCCGGGGGCCCUUUCCAGCCCCUGACACCCGGGCCUGCCUGCAGGCACCGAGCACAGGUACACAGGCCAACCGAGUACUGGAUCCCUCGGAGAACAGAGAACCUUUGCAACAGACCUGAGUUGCAACCAUGGCCCUCUGAUGACCUUGGGUGUAUCGCACCACCUCUCUGAACCUCCGUUUCUGCAUCUACGUAAUGACUGCGAGGUGACAGUCACCCUGAACCACAUUCUACACAGGAACGUGCAAGGAGAUACUGGGCUUGCAAGGCCUGAAAGGACGAUGCAAAGGCGAAGUAAGAAGUGCAGACAGCUCCAGGUUCCUGCCGGCCGCCUGGAGAUCGGUGCAGUCUCCCACCUGCACCAGCUGCUACACCUGUUGGGUGGAGACUCAGCUUCGUGAAUUUACCUACAGUCUUCUGGAAAUUAUUUAUAUGCCUCUGAAUCCUCUGAAUUAUUUAUAGAAUCUAAACUUUUUAUUUUAUAAACAAACGUAUUGAUUAAAUCUUAGAUGAAAUGUUAA